GCGGCGGCGGCCGCCAUUGCGAGCGGGGGCCGCGGGACUAUGAAGGAUGGAGGCGGACGAGGUGUCGAUCCGCGAGCAGAACUUCCACAGCCAAGUGCGGGAGUACACGAUCUGUUUUCUCCUAUUUGCUGUUCUCUACAUAGUGUCCUACUUCAUAAUCACAAGAUACAAAAGAAAAGCAGAUGAGCAAGAGGAUGAAGAUGCCAUAGUUAACAGAAUAUCGCUGUUCUUGAGCACCUUCACUCUAGCAGUUUCAGCUGGUGCAGUCCUGCUUCUGCCUUUCUCAAUAAUCAGCAAUGAGAUCCUGCUUUCUUUUCCACAAAACUACUAUAUUCAGUGGUUAAAUGGCUCACUAAUUCAUGGUUUGUGGAAUCUUGCUUCUCUUUUUUCCAAUUUGUGUUUGUUUGUGUUGAUGCCCUUUGCCUUUUUCUUCUUGGAAUCAGAAGGAUUUGCUGGCUUAAAAAAGGGGAUCAGAGCACGCAUUCUAGAGACGCUGGUAAUGCUCAUACUUCUUGCACUGCUUAUCCUUGGAAUCGUAUGGGUGGCUUCAGCUCUCAUAGACAAUGAUGCUGCCAGUAUGGAGUCUUUGUACGACCUCUGGGAAUUCUACCUCCCAUAUUUAUAUUCCUGUAUAUCACUGAUGGGAUGCUUGUUACUUCUCUUAUGCACGCCAGUGGGACUUUCACGGAUGUUUACAGUCAUGGGUCAGUUGCUGGUGAAGCCAACAAUUCUUGAGGACCUAGAUGAGCAGAUGUAUAUUAUCACUUUAGAGGAAGAAGCAAUUCAGAGGAAGCUUAAUGGGAUAUCUUCCACAUUGGAAAACCAGACAGUAGAGUUGGAAUGGGAGCUUGAAAAAGUGAAGUGCAAGAAAACAAAUCUAGAGCGUCGGAAAAAAGCUUCUGCUUGGGAGAGGAAUUUAGUGUAUCCAGCUGUUAUGAUAUUACUACUGAUUGAGACAUCCAUCUCAGUUCUAUUGGUCGCUUUCAACAUUCUUUACCUGUUGGUGGAUGAGACUGCAAUGCCAAAAGGAUCAGGGGGACCUGGAAUAGGAAAUGCAUCCCUAUCCACCUUUGGUUUUGUGGGAGCAGCACUUGAAAUCAUUUUGAUUUUCUAUCUCAUGGUAUCCUCUGUUGUUGGCUUCUACAGCCUUCGUUUUUUUGAAAAUUUCAUUCCCAGGAAGGAUGAUACAACUAUGACAAAGAUAAUUGGAAACUGUGUCUCAAUCUUGGUGCUGAGCUCAGCUUUGCCAGUGAUGUCAAGGACACUGGGAAUUACUCGAUUUGAUCUGCUUGGAGACUUCGGAAGGUUUAACUGGCUGGGAAACUUCUAUAUUGUAUUAUCUUACAACUUGCUCUUUGCUAUCAUGACAACAUUAUGUCUGGUCAGAAAGUUCACUUCUGCUGUGCGAGAAGAGCUCCUGAAGGCAUUAGGAUUAGAUAAACUUCAUCUGUCAAACAAUCCAAGAGACUCAGAGACAAAGGCAUCUGCAAAUGGGCAUCAGAAAACACUGUGAUUGACAAUCACCUGCAAUCAACAGAGCUGAAAACAUCAACCUCAUGGCAUUCCCGACAUCUCAUCAGCUUUUUUAUAUUGUUCUCUUGCUGAUAAUCUGGGUCCAGCCUUGUCUCAUUUCUUGAUGCUGUGUGCUUCUGAGGAACUUAGCUGUAUCAGAUUCUUCUCUUUCCAGUUAACUUCUGGUCUGCUUGUUUAUUUCCCAGUAAGUUAAUGCAGGAGGUGCCUUGAAGACUGGAAGCUGAAGAGAAUAAUUAAUUUCUUUUUAUUGACAGUCUCUUAUUCUUAGAUACAAACCUGCUAGCCUCUGAAAGCAUAGUAUCUCCUGUGUAAUGCAGACACAGGUUGUAAAGAAUAACUUUGGGACUUUGAAAAAAAAGAAAAAAAGAAAAAAAAAGAUACACUUGAAGCCCGGUAUGACCCUUAUUGGAAAUGUAAGCUACUUGGAAUGGGCAUCCUUGACAGUAGAUAAGCAGUUCCACUAAAAAUGUUUUAAAAAAGAAAGUUACUGAUAAAGACCACAGAUGAUGUCGGACUCGGUCUGAUAGCAUGAAGCUUUCUUGGAAGGCCAGCGUUUUCAGUUCUGUUCCCAGCUGUAAAUGCCAGUUGCUUUACUGGAAGUCAGGCAAUGUCUAAUGAAAUAGUGAGCCACACUGUGAAGAUUUACUUCAGUGUUAAAUCUGAGCCUAGUGUGCUUUGGAGGAAAAAAAAAAAAAAUCUGGGUAGACCCCAUGUCACAACUCUUACAAUUCUGUAAUGAUGUGGUGCUGUGGAGGUCACUCACCCUACCAAGUACAUCCCUGUAAAAUUCUGUAUGAACUCCUGUGUAUAAGUAGUACUUGUAACUCAUGCAAGUUGCACAAGUCUAGGAGGCUGUGGUUGUAGUUGUGUGUUUUUUUUGGUUUUUUUUUUUUUUUUUACAAUCUUCUUUAAUUUGAAGUAAAUUAUGUCUCUGAAUUUAUACUGUAGUUACGAGGAUUUCUGUUCAGUGGCAUAAUCCACUAUCUUUCACUAGCCUGUUUUUUAAUGUACACACAAACAUGUAUAUAGGACUACAUGUGUAGAUACCAUAAAUUAAAUCUAAGCUUAUAGAGAUGGCAUAGUUGGUUUGAUAAGUAAAGCUUGUGUGUUCAAGCUUGGUAGUACAAAUUUCUGUGAUGUUACAAUUUAACUGCCCAAAGGCCUUACAUUCACAAUGGCAUCAGAGAGUGUAAUGUCAUUUUUCUUAGCAUCACUGCUGCCUUAGGAAUUCUUUUAGCAGUCUAUGGUAAUAAUAAAAAAAAUAGAAAAAUGGCAAAACCAGCACCCACCAACAGAACCCCAGCUGUUCCAACUCUAGUUGCAUUUUUGUGCUGCUCUGUUACAGGUAGUGUUCAAACGGAUUGGAAUGAGGACAACUUCAGUAUGUGCUCCGUAUGUAGUGGAUCAGUUAAUAUUCCUGAUUAUUCUGGUUGCUGUUAAACUGAAGUAUGUCUGUUUGUGGCUUUAGGUCUUGAGUGUGAUGAGGCUGUGACAGUUAACUCUCCAGCGGGGUUCUGAGAUAAACUCUGUGUCAGAAGCUGUUGGCUGGUGUCUACUGAGAUGGCUGCACUGGGCUGUAGACUUACAGGUGUGUGUGUGUGAAUGUGACAGUUGGUUUUUUUUCUUUGUUUUCUGAGACAGUUUCAAAACUCAUGCUCCAGUGUACCUGAGAAUUUCUUGUUUUUUUGCAGGUUGCCUUUUCUGACUUGAACUGGGGCAUAAUAUGAAUACAGCUGUAGCAAAUAUGCUGGAGUUACUUUUUGUGUGAUUAGUAUAAAUUCAAGGGUUAUUAAACUGACUGUUGAUGUGUUGUACUGAGUCUUGGAGGACUUAAAGUAAAAUUGCUUUAUUUUUUUUUACUAAGAUUUACAAGCAUCUCUUUCUGUUGUUUAAUGCUCUUUCAGUGAGAAAGGUUUUCUGAGUCAGUUCCUCAGCCAAGAACAGGGAGGUAUAAUUAGAAUUUGCUUGAGAACGUUUACAUUUUAAACACGGGGAGUUUUCUUAUUAGGGCCAUAAUUCAGGUAUUCUCAGAGCUUGCAGCCUUAUGUGUUAUUAUAGCUAAAAGCAUCUGAAAUGUAUCCACUCGUCUACAUAAGUGAUAGUAUGACUAAAGUUGUCCUAGUGUCUUACUGGGGCAGGUGAGCUGUGAGUGAGGCUAGUUAGCUUUGUUAAAGUAUUUCUGUUGCAGCUUUGGCAUUUAUAUAAAUAUGGUCUUUGAGUGAAUGGAUUUGAGGGUGCAUCAACAUAGGUCUUGGUGUUCACACUUCUCUCAGUAGAGACAGAACAUUUCGGAGAUGUUUGUCCCAGCAUCCAAGAAGGCAGGAAGAGAUGGGCUUCUGAGGUGCAUGUGGCUUCUGGAAGCGAGUUUACAAUUACUUAAGCUGAACAGAGGCAGCUCCUGCUGAUGAGCCUGCAAGGUUCAGGCAGAACUUGAAAACUCUUUCAAAGCGAAUGUUACAGCCGUGCCUGCUCCCAGCCCUUCUGGAUUCUGUGGUCAGAGAGAUGGAUAAAGCCUGUAAGAGAACAUUUUACAUUGGAAUAUGACAGAUGUUUAAGGAUUGCUGUGUGGUUUCCGUGGUGGAUAAGAAAUUCAGAACUACCCUGUGCAGUUAGUGACAGUGUUUUGUUUAAAAACCAACUGUUUAUAUUGUAACACUGUCUGCAUUAUGAUAUGUUUGGCCUUGAAAAUGACAUGCUUAUGCAGAACUCCUUACAGAUCCAGUGGUACUUUCAAAUAUCCUGUGUGUAAGAUACAGGUCACUGUAUACUUUUCACAGAAGCAUAUGGUCACUUAAAUACACACAACUGGUAAUUCAUUAAUGGAUGUGAUGAUGCAUUCCUAGUAUUUUGACUCAUGUAGAGUCAGGUGGUCUAUACCUUCAAGGUAUAUACAACUGAUCUUAGUAACAUUAACAUCUGCCUCACUUCUUAGGAGGCAAAAAGCACAUAAAUGCUUCCAUCUUCAACUAGAUACCACACAAGACCAAAAAAGUAGAUGUAAAUUAGGUGUUUUAGAUCAGCCAUUUCUUGGCUUUGUUCUGUUUUGGUAGCACAAUAUUAAGUGCAGUGGCAGAGCUGUAAUAUCGUGGGAUUUCUUCUAAGUGUAAAGCACACUGUCAAUAUUUAACACCUUAAAAUGAUAAAUAGCAGUAUUGGUUACUAUACAGUGACAGUUUUUUGCCUUCGUAGGAAGCUUUGUUUACUGUUUGUAAUGUGAUGUUCAUCUUCGGCCCUGCUCCUCCACUGUCUUUUCCCCUGUUGACUGCUUCAUGGUGUCAUAGAAAUUAAAGGAUUUGACAAGUUGCUCUCCUUGUCUGGUUCCAAAGUACCACCUUGGGUGACACACGGGGGGCAGCUGCGUGUGUGGACAGGACCUCGUGCAGCCCCGUGCUGAGUGGGACGGAUGCACACAGUGCUGCAGUUGGACGUGUUCUCCUCCAUGUGACUGACGUGUGUGCCACCAGGAACAACAGCUGUGAGAGGGCUGCAGCAGUCCCUCCUGUUCCUCACCCGUGUCUACAGCAGCUCAUCUGGGUCACUGCUGCAUAGGAAGGACAAGCUGGCCCUUUUUGCAAUGAAUUUACCCUCUAAUGUACAGGAAGAAGAUAAAAAGCAAAGAGCAAUCCCAUCCAUCCAGCUUUCUAUGAAUUUGUUGAGGUUGGCCUACUUUCUCCCUUCUUUUCCUCCUCUUUCAGAAAGUUGAUGGGCUCAGGCAGUGCACAGUAGUUGAGCGUUAUCUGUUCUGUAUUUAAGCAGUGUGUAUAACUGGGAAUGCCAAGUGCAGGAGUGCAGCUAGAUCCUACUAUUUUAUGCAUACUCUGAUUUUUAAAUUAAUUCUUUAUGUAGGUAAAGUCAUUUCAGUGGGGACAACUCACUAUAGCCAAUUUUAUAACCUCUUUAAGAAGAAAUAAAUUUUGUUUUGUUUGAUCAGAAAGUUUGUAUGAACUGUGAACCUUUAAAAGCUUCAACUAAGGCUGUAAGGUCCCCAUGCCCUUCCUGUUGGUAUUUUUUCAUUUUAGUGCUGACUUGAAAUAACAUUAAAGGUUGUCUAAGGAUGCAAAUAUACCUGACUCUUCUCACCUGUAUCUUUCAGGACCUAGUAUCUUGUGCUCUUAAAUAUACUGCUGUUGGUUAACUACCAGUCUGUUCUAGUUGCGUUAUUAGCAUUUGAAUGUUAAAAAAAAUUCUGCUUUUGAUCUCAUCAAGAGAGCAAUCCAAGCUGACAGCUGCUUUGAUGUGGAUUCCAGACCAACCUGGUGUGCAGGUGAUGUCUGCAGCUGGCAAUAACCUCUGCCACCUCUUCCUGCCUUGCCCAGUGCCCUUUGUUCAGAUGAAGUCUCUAGCACUGCCCAAAGAACCUGUGAUGCUCCUCCUUUCUUUGAGGCAUGAGGAGCUUGGCCCAUGGGUUGUCCAUCUGCUACACAGUUCUAGUUGCUGUACUUUUGGAUCACUUGUGAUUGAUGUUCUCAGAGUCUGUAGUCAAAACCAUGGGAAGGAAUUUGCAUCUUGUGUGAAAUUAGGACUGAAUGUAACUUUCAGAAUCCCCACUGUGCACAACAGUUUUAGGAAACUGGAGCAGAAGAAUUGGGGAGAAGGCUGUAGCUCACCUCUAUGCUGACCGUCUUCUUUCUCUUCCAUCCUUCUCCUAGUUGAUCUUUAGAAUUGAACAUCAGAAAAAAUCCUUAUUUUAAAUACAGUUGAUGACGUUCAAGGGCUGAUGAAACUGUGCUACGCUUGGCCUUAAUUAUUGGUUAUUGACAUCUUUUCAAGUCCAUUUAUGAGCACCACUAGAGAUGCAGCGAUGAUGUUCUUCAGUCACGAACAUAUUAGUAUUUAUUCAUUCAUUUGCACUUCAUCUGUUUUCUGCUACUGGGUUCCAUUAAAACAGUCCUGUCAUUAGAGUGUGGCCGCUCUAAGAAUUUACCAAGAGAUCUGAAUUUGGAGUGAGAUGGAAAUCCUUUAGUCAUGUUUUUGGCUUCCAGUAAUGUGAAGGCCAUCUACGUGCUUUUCAGUGCAAGAAGCAACUUCCUUGUACCUGAGAUCAUGCAGAAGGCUGCUCUUAUGAAGGAGCCAACGUAUGAACAUUGCAGACCUCCAUGUGAAAUGACCA